AUGGACCAAAUUUUAAGAGGAAUCGUGGCUUCAGAUCAUCCUGAAAACGUCAAAAGGUCCUUAAUUCAACAACUUGUCUCGAAAGCUGGCGGUAAUGUUGCUGAUGAUCAGAACAGAGCUCUGUUUGAAAUUGGGACCGAGUGGAUGAUUAAAGACGGAUCAGUCUUUCUCAAUGACAGUGGAAAACUUGUCCUUACAACGUGGGCAAAACGACAAAAAGACGUCUUUCAAAAGUAUUUUACUGAGGGAUAUCUUCUUUCCUUCCUCGCUGAACGCGAGAAAAUGUCUCUCAACUGUGUUGAAUAUCUACGCACCUGCUUUGACUUAAUGCAGCACAACUCACAGAUAUUCUCCUUGUACACGGCUGUGCGUCAUAGAGCUCAUAUUUGGGUCGAAAAGAAUUCAGAUAUAGACUUUUGUGCGGUUGUGGCAAGGCUUUUGAUCGAGUAUGAUCACUGCUGGCCAGUUGGGGAAAAUUUGCUCCAGUGUAACUUGUCUUUGAUCAAAGCCUUGAGUAGAACAGAACUCCCCAAAACAUCAAAAGAAGAAAUGAAAGCUUGUCUUCAGAAUUGUGCGAUGAUUGCUGCUCUGUUGAAUAAGAUGUGGGUGAAAAAUCAAGCCCUGUUGUUUCCUGUCUUAACUGAAAUAUUUAAGAUUAUUUCAAACGUAGGCCCCAAUCCGUCUGUAGCCGUUGCUUCUGUGGUGCAGUACUUUUCUACUGACAUUAUAGGCACUGCAACAAGUCUUGCAGCCUCUAAUCCAUCAGUUUCAGAUGAAAAUCUGUCUCUUUCACUGUGUCGUAUGAUUAAUUGGCUUUCAUGGCCUGGAGUUAAAAAGGUGGACCAGUGGAUUAUUGGGUUUUUAAAGGCUUUGGCAAGUGCUAAAAAACAUUCAAUCCUCAUUUCUGUUACUCUCAAAGAAGUUGCACAGGUAGGGGCAACAUGGUUAAUUAGGUUUACAGUCACUUCGUUCCAAAAUCAGAUCUUUGCAAUCCAGAUCAUUCCAUUUUAUAGUCAGAUUAUCCCACAGUUUCAGUGUAUAACUGUAUAUGAAAUGCACUUUUUUGGCCUCUCGGCUGUUUCUGCUGGUGGCUUCAAGACUUAUGAAAUGUUCUAACUAUUGCUCUGUGGAGCAAUCUGACUAUCAAGUGGAACGAUCUGGCUUGGAAUGAUCUGACCAUGGAAUGAAGUGACUGGAUAUCAGUAACAUUGUAGGGUAGUCCUAUUAAAUAUAUGCUGUCCCAAGGCUGUGCUCUAAGAAAAACUGAAAAGAGUGCAAACCUCUGAACCUGUUAAAUCCAGGGUGCCCAGUAGAUGAUUUCUAUUAAAAAUAAUCAGUCAACCAGUCGCAAAGGGCACUGAGAGGCAUCAGGGACCACCACGUGAAAAAGUCCACCAAACAUUUCAAAUGUAUCCAUGAAUACAAUGUCAGAAUAGUGGAAUCACAAAUGGAUCUUGCUAAAUUUUCAUAUAGUUUCAAGGGUUGUUUGACAUUUUUUUGGUGGUCACACGUUUCCCCAAGAACAACUAGCUUUUCCGAGCCAUCUUCCUUUGAAAAUAAAUUUUGUAGUUCCUUUUGCAAGGAUUAAAAAUAACCCAAUUUGGCUUUUUUUACGCCAAAAAUUUUUCUGUGACUCCAAAUAAUUCCCACAGCGAGUCACUUUGUCUCCAUUGAAGAGUUCCCAAAUGUUCAGCAGAAUUUUGUUUUCUGUCAACCAAAAUGCUAAAACUUGUUAGAUUCCCAAAGCAAAAAUACAAAAUCAAACGAGCUGGCAGUCUUCCAUUUUUAAUUAAUAUUGUAUCCCUUUUUGGUCAGCAGUUAGAACUCCCUCACCCACAUACUUCAUGUGAUGGUGGUAUGAAGUACCUGCUACCUUCCGUUACACAAAAUUGCUGCCUCUUUGACUUUACACUUUCAAAAAUGACUCCAAUAUUUGCGGAGGAGUCAAAGUGGCUUCAAAGGGAGAGAGAAAUUUUUAAUCCCUGCUUUUAAGUAUUUUUUAUUUUGUUAAUGACCAAAUUCUGUUAAGCAUCUCUAAUUUCUUGUAAUGGUAAUCUGUUUUCUUUUCUUUCCUGUUAUUGAUAGGUCUUUAGUCGAUUAUUAUUCCCCAUAGUUCGUGAGAGCACAAUGGUUGUUUUAUCUCACAUGCUACUCAGCUUUCAACACUCACCACAAGCUUUUCAUGAGGUAAUUCUUUUAAGAUGUCUUCACUAGAAUAAUGAUAAUGAAUUUAAUUAGUCACCAUAUCCAGGAGAUAAACAGUUAAAAUUCCCAUAAGCAACAACCCCAAAUGCCCAGAUUUGGUGCUCAUUUGUAUGAGGUGGUUAAUUUGGAGGACUAGCUGCUUAUUAGAUGUGCUUGCAUGUGAAGGCCUGACUGUAUACUUUAUUCAAAUUGCCUCAACCAAGUUUCUUUAUUCUACGUAAAUGGAAGAACGAGAUAAUGUGGAAUAUUACCCCUUGCCAACACCAAACAAUGUCGGAACAUUGUAGAAUGGACUGUGAGCACUGACUAACAUAUUGUAACUUAGAGAAGGAACAUGAUAAUGUUCGUGCUUCAAAAUGUUGUUAGGUUCUCCCUACCCGUAUAGAUCAUUUCUAAUUUGUCCCUAGCAUCUUUUGUCGUAGGUAAAGUAAGAGGAAAGCAUUUGUGAGUUCUCACAUAUUUGGAAACACUUUUGCAAAAUGUUAGGCUUGGUAAACUGUUGUCUACACUUGAAUUGUAAUUUUGGCAGAUCAGUACCUUUUUGCCUGCAGUGAAAUGCAAGAUCAAACCUGAUGUACAAUAUGGAAGUUGUGAUAUAAACAUAUUCAGGAAAAACAUUUAUUGAUCAUAGCUCAUUUCAUUUCUGUUUUUUUUCUCUAGAUUGUAGAGCAUGUACCAAGCCUUGUACAGAAUCUAAAAAAAGAAAAUUCUGCAUCCUCACAGUCUACUUUACAAACGUUGGCAGAGCUUAUGCACUGCCUCAUGUAUCAACACACAGGCUUUCCUGAGCUGUAUGGUCCAAUUCUUGAUUGUCUCCAGGUAACAGAGGAUGUUCAUUAAUAUUUGGAGCUAGAAACUAGUGGUUGUGGUAGUGAAUGUAAUCAAAAAAAACUUGAAUAAUUUCCAGCUUGUCCUUUGGGCAAGCAGUUGUCACAUUUUGCUUGACCAGGGUCACUUCUUGCUGGUCUUAGUUAAUGAUUUAGUCAGAAGAUGACUUGCUUAGACCCUUACCCAUUGGGUAAGUGAAUUUUAAAAGUUACUUGCCUAUCAAGAAAAUCUUCUUGUUCUGGAUGACAAGAGACUUUUCUCAAGCCCUGGUAAAUUUGUAAAUUUGCUAAAUGUCAUUCAUGUCCUGUUAUAGGAUUUGCCUAAACCCUCAGAAGUGAUGAUUCGCAAGUGGCUUGCCCAGAGUGCUUGGUCAGCUCGCUCUGUUAGCAUCCCAUUGACUGGUUUUACUCCUAAAUCAGAAACUGGAAAAACUGGUUUAGUCAACUUGGGUAACACUUGUUACAUGAACAGCGUUAUACAGGCUCUAUACAUGCUAGAGGAGUGAGUUAUCGUUUGUAACCUAUUUUAUUAAUUUUGUUUUUAUUUUGGCUGUAACCCUCCCACCAGUGGAUUACAGUGAUACUGGAUAACAUAGCUUGAGAAAACAGCUGACAUUUCACAAUGCCAGCGCUGGUUUCCCCGCAAAGUGAAGUCUGAGAAACAAGUGCAGAAAUUCCCUGUGUAUGAUAUGUCACCACCCGGAAUAUGGGUGUGGGCAUCUGAUUGGAUGAAGCAAAUUUUCCUCGCGGCAUGACCAAUCAGAAACCCCACCCAAAUCUGGGUAGUGACAUGUCAUCAGUAUGGAAUAUCUGCAGUUGCUCCUCAGAUGCCCUUUCGCAGGGGAAACCAGUAGUGGAGCCAUGGUUAACAGUGAUGGCAAGUUAUAAGAAUUCUUAGCUGAUAAAAUUUCUCCUCUGAUCGUUUGUUUGAUUCAGUUGCCUUCCUUCUAAAGCAUGUGUCAGUAGCUGAAAGACUACUAUCAAUAUAAUUUGCAGGUUCCGUUACAUGAUAUUUGGACGUUAUUCUAACACUAGCCAGCCACUGCUACAUCACCUACAGGAAGUGUUUGCAUUUCUGACUCUGUCACAGGUACUUUCACCAGAAUAAAUUCCUCCUUGGGGAAUUAUUAGUGAUAAUCAUUUGUAAGCUUUAUAAGGGUACUGAUGCAGGAACGGAUCCAGGAAUUUUCAUUUACUGCAUCAAAACUGGUCAGGGGUAAGAGGACUGUAGUGCAGAGUAGCAACUGAUACUUGGACAUUAGUUAUAGGGUGGCCUGACCCGGAACGUGGUUUAGGGAAAGCUAAGAGUUGAUGAGGGUCUCAGAGAGCCAUCAGCACACCAUUCCCCGCAAAAAUGUUCUGAGUACCACUAGGGCGGGGGGACACUUGUCAAACACCUUUGAAUUACAAAAUUCUCAAUCAUGCUGCCUCCAGGGUAAUCAAGUUAUUGACUAGUAACAAAUGCAGUUGUACAACAGAAAAGAUGGGUAAUUUAUUUUUCUUUUGUUGUGAUUAUUAUUUUGACAGAGAUCAGCUAUUGCCCCUUCUAAGUUCCUUCAAGUUGCCAGGCCACCAUGGUUUGCUCCAGGAACCCAGCAAGACUGCUCCGAGUUCCUCAAGUUUCUUCUGGACAGGAUCAGUGAAGAAGACAAAUCCCUCUCUGAAAAUAACGAGAGCGAUUCGCUAAAAACACCACUCAUUGACGAGACCUUCGCAGGGACGCUCCUAGUUUGUCUCUGCUGUCGCGGUUGUAACAACACUUCUUGUAGAGAAGAGGUCUUCACGGAUUUGCCCCUCUCGUUUCCUCAAGCUGGAGAACUGGAAGGCAGGGUGGAUUCAGUAGAAAAUGAGAACUCGUUAGCAGGUAAAGAACCUGUUGAACAUGCAGAUGUAACAACCUCAGCAAGCUCAGCUGGUAGCUCAGAAAGAAGUCUUAAGGGAGGCGACAUCAGCCAUACAACUUGCACACCUGAAUUAGCUGCAAAGACUAUUGAAGAGAACGAAGCUGUGGCGGGCACUUCAACAUCAGACAAUUCGGUGUCAUUUGGUUCGGGGACAACCUUAGCGACAAAGUUUCAGGAAUCAAGUUUACGGAGCGAUAAGCCAGAGGUAUCAAUCACUGAGUUGCUAGAGUACUUUUUUGAGCCGGAAAUUUUGGAAGGUUCCAAUCAAUAUCAUUGCGAGCAGUGCCAUAGUUUACAAGAUGCAGAGAGAACUGUCACAAUUUCCAAAGCGUCUGAUUUUUUAGUGUUGACGCUAAAGAGGUUUGCCUACAAUGUUCGGACACAGCAAAGAUCUAAAAUAUUACAAGGUGUUUCAUACCCGCUUAUUUUGAGGCUUCCGAAAGCGCAUUUGAAGAAAAGUCUUAGUACAAGAGAAGCAAAGCACUCAGAAGCUCAUGAUUUAACCACAGGUGUUCUUGAAGAAAAAAGAGAAGAUAUCAAGGAGACAUGCUUUAGGUCUAAGAGGACCAAACAAGAACAUAAGGUUUUGGACGACAAUGCUGACAGUGAUAGCGUGAUAACAUCUUUUGAAGAGAAACCUUCGUCAGAUAUAGUGUACUCUCUGUGUUCAGUGAUUGUUCACUCGGGGACUUCCUCAGAAAGUGGACACUACUAUUGUUAUGCUCGUUCAUCGUCGCAUCUGUUGGAGGAAGGAGAAAGAGACGAUGGCGUGGCUAGUUCUAGAACAGAUGAUCAGCACACUUGGUUUCUCUUUAAUGACAGUCGUGUGUCUUAUUCGGCAUAUAGCGCGUUUGCUGACGUAUCUAAGCGUUUCCCAAAGGACACUCCUUAUGUGUUGAUAUACAAGCGUGUCGGAGGUGUCACAGUCACCCCAGUCGACAGCAGUAGUGAUGCUUCACAAUACAACUUGAUUUGCAAGGAAAUAAGGCCGGAGCUUGCUGAUAUUGUUAAUCGUGACAACCUUUUAUAUCUGCAGGUAAGUCAAUAACCGUUUUUGCUGAGACUAAGUAACUUGUCAUGCUUUAGAACAGAAGAAAGCUGACUUGCUACUGCUCGCACAUAUCACGAAGGCUCACUCUACGAAGUUAUGCAAAGAUUACUUGUCCGUAAAGAAAUCUAUAGAUAAACGUGUUGCUCCUGUAGACAGAUUUGUUUUGCAUACUAAAUGUGUUUUUGUUUGUUUGUUUGUUUGUUUUUUAUGUUUCCGUGCCUUCGCCAUCGUAGUGGUGACUUUUAGGUUUGACUUCGAGUACGACUUUGAAAUAUCGAGCUUAUUUAUCACCCAACUUUAACCUUUCCUGUUAUUAACUAGUACAUAGAGUAAACGUUAGGGAGAAGAUUGGUGCGUUAAGGAAUAAUAAGUACCGCAGGCUAUGGCUCUCUAGGCUUUCACGCGACUGAAGCAGACGAGGCUAAAUCAGGGCCAAAAUGUAGAGGAUACAUUAAAAAAUUUUGUUGGAGUGUAAUGUACCUCUCUUGUCUACAGGAGCAAGAACGCCAGAUGAUUAACGCUUCUAAACGAAAGGCUUGGUCACACAACUAUCAGCCACCUGAUGACGACGAUGACAACAACCGGGGUCCCCCCGGGAAUUGCGGAAGUGGUCCAGGAUUUACUACACCUUUUAACCGGUUUGUCUUCUAGUCAAUCUGGUUAAACCGGUUGUACCCAGUGACUUUUUCAUCGAAUUAACAUGUACAAAUUGUAUAUGACGAUUGUUAGCUCGGAGUCUAAGAUAUGUUGUCAGCUCUAAAGCUAUGGGUUUCAAGUAGUUUAGUCAGAAAAUGGUUAGGACAUUGUACAGGUUUGAUUAUCAUACCAAAAGAGGUUUCUCGGUUCCUCUCUAUAAUCUUGGCUGCGCGAGUGAAAGACCCCUAACAGUAGAAUACAAAUUGUUUGUGAGAAAUUUAACGGGAAAUUUAACGCAUGGGGUCUUCUUAUUUUGCAUUUUGUCAAAAUGUCGUUAUUAUUAUUAUUAUUAUAAAUUCCACCCCCUAACAAACAGAAGCGUCGCUUUUCCCCAGAACUGAUUACAACGCUGUUUAGACACUGUAAUCACCGCAAACAAAGUUAGUAUGUUAAGUGCUCUUAGAGGGUUUAGUUAAACCUAACGAGAUCUGUCUAAUUGAGUGUUGAACUGUUGGGUUUCUUGUUCAUGACCAGUAGGUGCAGUCUUGGUGUUCUAAGAAUCUUAGGGCCUGUUUACACGGAGGUGGGGGACCCUAGGUAGGUGAGAAAACCCGCUUUGGUGGGUAACCCGCCUGUCCACAUAAUCUCUCAUUUUGAUUUGAUUACGUUUACAUGAUAGGUGGGGUGACCCGCCGCAUUUUACCUCACCUGUCUGGGGUCCCCCACCUCCAUGUAAACAGGCCCUUAGACAACCAGAUUAAGACCAUCAAUUGAGGAAAUAACAGUCU